AUGAUUGGAAGGUUUGAAAGCAACAGGACCAUCGGGAUACUCUCUCGAGCCGAGAAAGGAGGCUAUGGCGUUCUGGCACAAGCAGUCUAUGACAUGCCACAGGCUCGAGGUCUGAUCUCAGCUGCAGAACGGGCGCGAAGUCCAGUCAUUCUACAGAUGCUGCCCCGCACCCUGGCGUGGGGAGGUAAACUCUUCCUGCAGUACUGCCUCGCCUUGGCGGCACACUCGGCAAUGGUCCCAGCGGCUGUCCAUCUGGACCAUGCACGAGACGCCAAAGAUAUCAACUUUGCUUUGGAUCUCGCAGAGGAUGGAGUCAAGUUCGACAGCAUCAUGAUCGAUGCGUCCGAGGCGCAGGUGACAUCUUUCAGUUCUCCAAGCGUUCUGCCUGUGCUGACGACGGUGAAGACAGACGAAGAGAAUAUUUCACGGGCCAAACCAUUCAUCGAACGCGCCCACAGGCUAGGGAUCCCCGUCGAAGUAGAACUCGGCCGGGUGUCCGGUUCAGAACAGGGGAUCGGAGAAGUUCCUGUUGGAGCGCUCAUCAACGCCUCGAAAGCGGAACACUUCAUGGACGCCUUGAAGAAUCUCCAAAUCAAAUUCAAAGGGACCAUCCCGUUGUGUCUCCACGGUACAGGUGACCUCCCACCUGAUCUGUUCAGAGCAUGCAUUGCGAACGGGGUCAGCAAAGUCAACCUCAAUUUGCAAACCAGGGAAGUGUACACGAAAGUCCUCGGAGAUGCCAUCACAACAGCGCCCUUGCCCGAUGCGAUAGAAAAGUCGGAAGGGGCGUUUUCGAAAGCUUGCGAGGAGUUCUUCACGAUUCUUGGUUCGGCAGGCAAGGCUAAUUUGGAGAGGAACUAG